GGUCGCGAAGGAGGUGGAAUUUGGUGUAGGCUAACACUACUUGUGAACUUAACCGGGGUGACCUUUCUGCUUUCUGUCUUUUCUGACUCUUUCGUGGAAAUUGGGUGUAUUGUACAAAGGGAGGUUGGUGUUUGUCGCUUUUCGGUUGCUUGUGCUUCCGCUUCAGCCCCUUUAGCCAGCCGUACAUUCAGCGACAGAUGACAGUGACAGGCGGGGUGUUGGGAGCUGUUUAUUGAUAAGAGAUAAACUAAGGCAGGACGGCUGUCACGCGCAGAUAAAACGGACAAUAACGGCUAAAGGUUGACAUGUAAUGGCAAGAAUCUCGAUACAGGAUGGGUACGAUGUGUUGACAUGGCGGCUGAAGGAGUAACAUGUUUCUCCAGGAAGAUCUAACUCGUCAGGAAACACCUUGACGCUAUCAAUCACUGAAACUCACUGGCAACUAAAGGAAAUACCUAUUUUUUGUCAAUUUUAACGAAACAAGCGGACAGUUUGAACAAUGCGGCUUUUAUUUCGCAUGUUUAGGUGCACACAUGGGGUGCAUUUAACCACACUGAAGCUAACACAUCCGAGGAUGUUAUGGUUGGAGCACCGUCUCACCCUCUCCACUGCCUACCGGAGGAAAACACAGUCAACAGGGGCCAAGUUUCCUGGCCGUCCGACACCUGCCUUCCUCACCCGGCCUUUCAUCUCCGUCCUGCCCUCCAAAUGUGUCUCUGAGCUCUGUUCACACGCACAGAAAGGCCGAGCACCCACAGGCACCCAUACACCUGUUGCCUUUGCCAGCUCUUCAGCCACCUCCACACCUACACCAACCGGAUCUUUGAAGAGCCAGGCGGACGCAAAGAAGGACCAAACACCGACCACGGUUCCCCUGGAAGAUGUGAAAAGGAUUUUGAGACUUGCCCAUCCGGAGAGAUGGAGGCUGGCAGCUGCUGUGGGCUUUCUCACCAUCUCCAGUGCAGUGAGCAUGUCAGCUCCAUUCUUCCUGGGUAAAGUGAUCGACACCAUUUACACCACAGGAGCAGAUGCAGAGACCAUGGCUGCCUCCCUGACAUCAUUAUGCAUCAUGCUCACAGGAGUGUUCCUGUGUGGAGGAGCAGCCAAUGCUGCCAGGGUUUACCUCAUGCAGAUCUCAGGCGAACAGAUUAUUCGUGAUCUCCGCGCCUCGUUGUUCUCAUCCAUCCUCAGACAGGAAGUGGCAUUUUUUGACAAGAAUAGGACUGGUGAGCUCAUCAACCGCCUCUCCGCUGACACAGCCGUGGUGGGAAACUCAAUCACAGACAACUUAUCAGACGGGCUGCGGGCAGUGGCCCAGGCCGUUGCUGGUGUCAGUAUGAUGUUCUACAUCUCCUCCAGUCUAGCAAGCUUUGUGCUGCUGAUUGUUCCCCCUCUGGCCGGCCUCGCUAUCAUCUACGGCAGAUACCUUCGCUCCAUUUCCAAGCGUACACAGGACGCUCUCGCACAAGCAACACAGUUGGCAGAGGAGCGCAUCAGCAACCUACGGACUGUCAGGGCUUUUGGUAAAGAGCUGUCAGAGGCCAGCAGAUACACACAGAAGAUAGACCAGGUUUUGAGCCUGGCCAGGAAAGAAGCUGCGCUACGGUCUGGCUUCUUUGGAGUGACUGGGCUGAGUGGGAACCUAAUGAUCCUUUCAGUGCUGUACAAUGGAGGCCUUCUAAUGGCUGACCAGCACAUAACUGUGGGGGAGCUCUCAUCCUUCCUCAUGUACACUUUCUGGGUUGGCAUCAGUAUUGCAGGUCUGAGCUCAUUCUACUCUGAGCUGAUGAAGGGUUUUGGGGCAGGAUCCAGACUGUGGGAGCUACUUGACAGAAAACCUGAGUUUCCUCUGAAUGAGGGCCUCAUUCUCCCUGCAGACCAGCUGAAGGGUCAGUUGGAGUUCUGUGAUGUCUUCUUUGCCUACCCAACCCGUAAGGAGGCUCCAAUUUUCCAGAACCUGAAUUUGCUGGUACCGGCUGGCACCAUCAUGGCCGUGGUGGGACCAAGUGGGUCUGGAAAGUCAUCCCUGGUGUCGCUGCUGCUCAGGCUGUAUGAUGCUGACGCUGGUGUCAUCACUGUAGAUGGCCAUGACAUCAGAGAUCUAAAUCCCUAUUGGCUAAGGAGUCACAUUGGGACUGUCAGCCAGGAGCCAGUGCUGUUUUCAUGCUCAAUAAGAGAUAAUAUAGCAUACGGGGCAAUAGACCCGAACUCUGUGACGAGCGAGGACAUCUACAGAGCUGCCAGAGUAGCCAAUGCCUAUACCUUUAUCCAGGCUUUUCCUAAAGGCUUUGACACUGUGGUGGGGGAAAAAGGAGUGCUCCUGUCAGGUGGUCAGAAGCAGAGGAUAGCCAUAGCAAGAGCACUGCUCAAGAAUCCAAAGAUCCUGCUUUUGGAUGAAGCUACAAGUGCAUUGGACGCUGAGAACGAGUUUCUGGUGCAGGAAGCCUUGGAGCGAUUGAUGGAAGGGAGGACAGUUGUGAUCAUCGCUCACCGCCUGUCAACCAUCCAGAAUGCCAGUGCUGUUGCCGUUCUGGACCAGAGGCAUAUCGCCGAGUGCGGCCAGCACACAGAGCUGCUUGGCAACAGGCAAGGACUGUUCAGGAAACUGAUGGAGAAGCAAGCGUUUCUACAAGAAGAACAGAAAAGAGCACUGCGCUGAGAACACACAGAGUGCAGAUGAGAAGAAGGUGAGGUAAUGGGGGCGUACAGCACUGAAGAUGGAGAAAAUAAAAAGUACUGCAGGGAAUGGGCAGAGGUGUAUAGGACAAAAAAGCAGAGAUGUCCUUCUUAGUGUAGCACUGAAGACAGGUUCAACCACAGUGAAGAACUGACUGCUAAAAACAGUGAGAGACUCUUUAAUUUGAGUAUAUCUAAAUGUACACUGUGGGAAGAGAAGAGACUGUGUUUAUGAAAGUGAAAGUGGGAUGUUUCUCACCCACGACCUGUUUUUUAAAACCACUGUCAUCACUGUCAGUUUGGCAAAAAGCCAAUAUCUGGUCUCCAAAAGUUCGAGUAUAAGGGAGAAAAUAUUAAAUUUAUUAUUUUCAUAACCAUCCAAAAACAGUCCAGUGUGAUAUAUAUAUAUAUAUAUAUACACAGUGCUGUAUAAGAUUUAUUUGUUCUCAGAUUUGUCUAUUUAUUAGUGACUUUUUUAUGAAGCUUACAUCGGAGCCUUUAAAAGUUACUUUUACAAGCCACAUGAAGAGGCUGUUUAUGUUGUCUACACUGUGUUUUAGAGCUGUUGAAUAUCAUGACAAAGUCAUCUGUGAUAAGGUUUUAAAUCACAGCUAAGGUGCUACUAACCUGGAAAAAAAACAAAUAUCUCUCCUUGAUGGUUUGGUUGAAGUUGAUUGUGUUUAAAGUGGAAUUUGUUGGCAAACAUGUUCAGAUUCACUGCACUUCAGAUUCUGAAGUUUCUCUUUCUUUGGAUUCAGUUUAGAGCACUGAAACUGCUUAACCUCAUCACAUUCACAUGUUAAACACAAUGUAGUGUGCUAAUGUGAUACAGGUACAUGUUUUAAUACAACAAGAAAAAAAAUGCCAAGGCACCCAAAAUAGUUUUAAAUUGUAAAAAAAUGCAGUUAAACUCAACUGGUUGGUUGAGACCCAAAAGUGGGCUGAGGAGCUGUUUCCAGUUGGUCUUAAAAUAAAAGGAGGGAAAAAAGUUUAUGCUGUACAGAAACCCUAAAUGGACGUUGAUACUUGAAUAACAUCACCUUUAAAUGCAAGGAUGGAAUGGUUCCCUGCCUUUUAAGGAUGAUAUUAUCUUAAAAGGCAGGGAACAGAAUGCUCAUGAAGCUGGGGAUGUUGGGGGCUAUAGAAGGCUAUUUAUCUCCUUUUCUUGGAAUGAAAAAGCUGGUUUCCUCAAGAAAACGAGGUAAUUCCUUGAGAAAUUGCCUAAAUUUCCAUUUAGUCUUGAGAAAAUGAUGAAGAAAUCAAGUGUAUGCAUGUCCUUCAGUAACUAAAUGCCUUUGAGACGUAUUUGUUUUGUCUUCUUUCAGUAUUUCCAUCUAAAGCCCAAAUUGCAACAUUCUCCAUUAAAUUCAUCCAUGUGGUUCAAUUUCUUUUUUGAAAUUGGUGGUGGUCUUCGUGCCACAAUCGCCCCUCUGUUAACAUUGCUUUCAUCCCUAAUCCAUUUUUUAUUAUGACUACUAAGAGAUUUGUGGUACAAAUCAGAGUGUAAUCUCAGUGUUCACUAUAAAUAGUGGAAAAACACAGACCAGUGUCAUGACUAUUGAACAUUUCUGACUUUGGGCUGCUCACCUCUGUCUGUCCACUGUCUCUCUGGUUCCUGCCAGUGAUGUGUGUUUAUAGGUCUGGCAUUAAAUCCAACAUAAACGGCUCUAAAACCACACACAGCCGCAGUGCUGUUGAGCUAGCUAAAUAUUAUAGCUGGCUUUGAGAGUGAGACUAAGAAGUAAUGAUUCUCUUAGUAAAUAUUUGCAAGUUAAAUACCCACUUAACUACUUAGAGGGGAGCUCAGACUGGAGUGAUUCAGAGGAUUUUUGUGACUUAUUACACCACACUUGAAAACCCCUGAGUCUGAUUUCUUCACAGCUCUAAAUGGUUUGUUUAUGAGCUGUUAUAAUUUAACUCAACAUGCAGGAUUUUGCUCGAUCAUGUGGUUUGGUGCAAGAAAAUGACCUUUUAUUUUACAACCCCAGCUUUCAUUUUCCUCAACUUAUCAACUGGUAAAUAAAUGACAAGGUUUUUACCUCCUAGCUUUAAGCACAGCCAACAUGCAGCACAAGGUACUGUAUAUUUAAAAUGUGAAGAUAGAAUUGAUGAGGUCAAUAUUCAGUCCAGUAUUUUUUAAAAUGGUUUGCUUGUGAAAUGGAGGACAGAUUAAAUGCUGAAAAAGCUGUCAUCAUUAUGUAAUUUCUACAGAAAUUAGAAAUCAAGAAACUCAGCAUCUCUCAACAUUUAUUGUGGAGGUUUUUGUCUCUCUUGUUGACAGGGAGUAGAGACUUGAAUCAUUGCGUAGCAUAUUUUAUCCACUCUUUGAAGAUGGUAAGGCAUUUAAAACUCAAAUCCACAGCCAACAAAAGUCAAAUAAAACAGUCGUGAUAAUAUAAAAAGGGAUUAUGUCAGGGUGCAUUAAUGCAUAAAUCACUUUGAAGUGACUGCUAAAAUGUUGAUAGUAUAUAUGUAGAGAUUUUAUAUAUUUCUUACAGUGUACAGGAUGUAUUAAAGAGGAAUCUGAGCUGUGAGGUCUAAAUGAGUUUAGGGAAACAAGAGGAUUUAUCACACACCGGCUGUCCACACAACUAGUGUGUGAUAAAUUAGGCUUCUAGUAUGUUACUUAAAGGUUUCUAAUUACACUCAAGUCUUCAUUACAAAGAUGCCUUUUAACAUUGACAUCUCUGACACAUUGAGUCUUGUUUGUGGCUCAUGUGAAAGUGACAGUGAGCUGUUAUUUUAUCAUCCCUAAAUCUCAGCACUGCAAAGAAGGUUUGUUUUACUGGUUUGAUAUGAGUUAUAAAUAAUAACCUAAAAGAUGUAUGACAGAUUUUUAAUGAGUUUUGUGUCUGUUGAACUAUUAUAGUUCUAUGUCAAGAUGAAUAAAGUGAAAUAUUGUAAAUAUUUGUACAUGGGGAUCCUUGAACUUUGCUUGAAAAUACAUUUGCCAUACAAACGUUUACAUGAAACACAAGCUGACACCUUGGUUUUUGUGCAGUUCCUGCUGUGCAUCAUGCACCCAGUAGAUGGUGCUAUUGUUUCAUACAUUGAGUUUCAGGUAGUCAUU